GAGGAAACAAAAAGAGAAGAGAAGAAAUCAAAUUAACAUAAAAUGCCAGGGCUGAGUAUUGGAGACACUCUCCCAGAUCUUGAAGUGGAAACCACUCAUGGAAAACUCAAACUCCACGAUUAUGUGGGCGACAGCAACUUCACCAUCAUCUUCUCUCAUCCGGGUGACUUCACUCCCGUUUGCACCACCGAACUGGGGCUGAUGGCCGCAUAUGCUGAUAAGUUUGCGGAGAGAGGCGUUAAGCUCUUGGGAGUGUCUGCUGAUGAUGUGCAAUCUCACAAUGAGUGGAUCAAAGACAUUGAAGCCUACAACAAGGGGCACAAGGUGAACUACCCCAUUGCUGCAGAUCCCACCAGACACAUUAUAAAGCAGCUCAACAUGGUGGAUCCUGAUGAGAAGGAUUCCUCUGGCCAACAAACCCCAUCGCGUGCUUUGCAUAUAGUUGGGGCAGACAAGAAGAUCAAGUUGAGCUUUCUGUACCCUGCUAGUACGGGUCGCAACAUGGACGAAGUGUUGAGGGUGGUGGAUUCAUUGCACAAGGCUUCACAUCACAAGAUUGCUACUCCCGCCAACUGGAAGCCUGGGGAUCCUGUGGUUAUAUCACCCACCGUCUCUAACCAAGAGGCUAAACAGAUGUUUCCGCAGGGAUACCAAACUGCUCACCUCCCAUCUGGCAAGGACUAUAUGCGUUUCACUAAUCUCCAUGAUCAAUACUGAUAUUAUCAUAUCAUCAUCAUCUACUGCGCGCCUAGCUUGUCUGUUAAAAUCAUAUAUAUAUAUAUAUAUAUAUAAUCAUAUUGUUAUUGAAUAAAAUUUUGAGGAUGGGUCGCAUUAUUAUCUUUUUUUUCAUUAAUCUUAAUUUAGUCAAUAUGUAUAGUC